AUGGUCACCCAUAUCUUGUUUGAGUCUGCAAGUGGCUAUGGCCUUUUCACUGUCAAGCAACAAGAAGUGAUCGGAGCCAAGACCAAGGAGGUGCAAGACUCGAUUCAAGACUUGCACAAAUUUGGGAAAAUGGUUGAAUUGAAGAGUUUUAUGCCAUUCAAGAGUGCUGCCCAUGCGUUGGAGAACAUCAACGAUGUUUCCGAGGGUGUAUGCAACGACUACCUCAAAAACAUGCUCGAACUCAAUCUGCCUAAACACUCCAAAAAAUCCCCCGUCAUUCUGGGUGUAUCGGAAAAGAACCUUGCAGGAUCAAUCGUUUCCACGCUCUCCAUCGAAUGCGACACAUCCGAAAAAUCUCUCGAGCUCAUUCGUGGUGUCCGACUGCACGCCGAAAAGCUUCUCAAGGGACUCGAAACCGGGGACGUAUCCAAGGCUCAACUCGGUUUGGGCCACUCGUACUCGCGUGCCAAGGUCAAGUUCAACGUGAACAGGAGUGAUAACAUGAUUAUUCAGGCGAUUGCGUUGCUUGACCAGUUGGACAAGGAUGUGAAUACGAAUGCGAUGCGGACUCGCGAGUGGUACGGGUGGCAUUUCCCCGAGCUGGCCAGGCUCGUACCGGAUAGUUUGCAGUAUGCAAAAUGCGCUCGGUUGAUCGGGUCCAAGGAGUCCCUGACGGAGAACCAUAUCCCCGAGCUCGCUGCCAUCCUGGACGACGACGAAACUCGCGCCAAGAAUGUUCUGGACGCAGCACGCACUUCGAUGGGACACGAUAUUGCCGAAAUCGACCUGAUCAACAUUUCCACGUUUACCGACCGGGUAAUCGAGCUCGCCGAGUACCGCAAGAGUCUGACUGGCUACUUGACCGAGAAGAUGAACCUCGUCGCCCCGAGCUUGACGAGUCUUAUUGGCGAGCGAGUCGGAGCGCGGUUGAUCAGUCAUGCGGGCAGUUUGACAAACCUGAGCAAGUAUCCCGCGAGUACUGUGCAAAUUCUGGGUGCGGAAAAGGCAUUGUUCAGGGCUUUGAAGACAAAGGGAAACACUCCCAAGUAUGGUUUGAUUUACCACUCUUCGUUUAUUGGACGUGCUGGAGCCAAGCACAAGGGACGUAUCUCGCGCUACUUGGCUAACAAGUGCUCAAUAGCGAGCAGAAUCGACUAUGUACCAACCGCCAAGUUUGGUGACGCACUCCGUGCACAAGUCGAAGAACGACUCAAGUUCUUCGAAACGGGUGAAGCACCGACCAAAAACUCGGAAGCGAUGCGUAAAGUGCUCGAAUCCAUCGGAAUGGAUGAGGACGAGGAUGAUUCUGAUGAAGAGAUGUCUCCUGUGGAAACGGCGCCUGUUGUUCCCGGAGAGAUGGCCAGCUCUCCAAAGAAGGAGAAAAAGAAGAAGAGGAAGGCUGAAGAGGCUAUGGAGUUGGACGAGAGCGAGGAGCCCCCUGCCAAGGUGAAAAAAUCUAAAGAUGAGAAGAAGAAGGACAAAGAGGAAAGGAAGAAGGAGAAGAAGGAGAAAAAGAGGAAAGCGGCCGAGGUAGAAGAGGCAGAGGAGGAACCAGCCGAAGUCGAGGAAACACCGGUCAAGGUGAAAAAGUCCAAAGAAAAGGACCCAGAGGCCAAGCUGAAGAAGAAGAAGAGCAAGAGCAAGCUCGCAGAGGCCGAGUAA